GUGAAUAUUGAAUAAAACAACGUGAUUUAUUUUAUGGUGCCUGUAUUUAUAUAGGAUUCGCUCAUUCGAGUCAUUCCGUACAGUGAUUCGCUUCUGGAAAUUGUCUUCUCCUCCUCUGUUUUUCUGAUAUUUUUAGUUCCAGACCAGAGCAGCCAUGAUGGGAAGAACUCGUGCUUGUUUACGCAAUUUGGUCCAGUCCCUCAGAGUUGGCUCUUCCUCGUCAUACAAGAUUGGAGGUUAUUAUGCAUCACAGGCAGCAUCUUCUCUGCAAGCAGAGUAUAAGCCGUUGACAAGAAGUCCUGGUGAGGAUGAGUAUGCUGAUGUGGAUUGGGAUAAUCUUGGGUUUGGGUUGAUGCCUGCCGAUUACAUGUACACCAUGAGAAGUACCAAAGACGGAGUUUUUGAAGGUGGACAACUUAGUCGUUAUGGUAACAUCGACCUAAGCCCAUCUGCAGGCGUCCUGAAUUAUGGGCAGGGACUGUAUGAAGGAACAAAAGCAUAUCGGACAGAAGAUGGAAGGCUGCUUCUCUUUCGUCCAGAUCAAAAUGCCAUUCGCAUGAAGAUGGGUGCUGAUAGGCUCUGCAUGUCCUGCCCUACUGUCGAACAAUUCGUCGAUGCAGUGAAACAAAUAGCUCUGGCUAACAAACGUUGGACUCCUCCUCCAGGAAAAGGAACCCUGUACAUUAGGCCUCUGUUAAUGGGAAGUGGACCUAUAUUGGGUUUGGCUCCUGCACCAGAAUACACAUUCCUCAUCUAUGCCUCCCCUGUAGGCAACUAUUUCAAGGAGGGUUUGAAACCCUUAAAUUUAUAUGUGGAGGAUGAGUAUCAUCGUUCAACUUGCGGAGGGGCUGGAGGUGUAAAAGCCAUCACUAAUUAUGCACCGGUUCUGCAACCUAUGAGCAGAGCAAAGAGCAGAGGAUUUUCUGAUGUGUUGUACUUAGACUCGGUAAACAAGAAAAAUCUAGAGGAAGUUUCUUCCUGCAACAUUUUCAUUGUGAAGGGCAAUGUGAUAUCCACUCCUGCUGCUGUUGGCACUAUACUGCAAGGUGUAACUCGAAAAAGCAUCUUAGAAAUCGCUUCUGAUCAAGGUUAUCAGGUCAAUGAACGUACCAUCCCCGUCGAGGAGUUGGUUGAUGCAGACGAAGUCUUUUGCACUGGCACCGCUGUAACUGUGGCUUCCGUCUGCAGCAUCACAUACCAGGGGAAGAGAAUUGAAUACAAAGUGAGUGACCAAUCCGUCAGCCGGGAGCUCUGCUCGACUCUAAUGGGAAUUCAAACAGGUCUCAUUGAGGAUAAGAAGGGCUGGAUUAUCGAGAUCUAACGAGAUACUUAUGCAGGGAAAGCAUGAAGCACUGCCCUGAAAUACCCAACAAUUGUUAAGGUCCCUUUAAACUGUAAAAACUGCUUCCAAAAAAGAAACUGUAAAAACUGCCUUGCUAUAAUACAGCAGCAGCCACUAAAAUGUAGUGGAACGUAGCAAUCAUAUCUAUUGUUACAGUAAAUAGUGGAAAGUAUGUACAGUUAUUUAAACUAUCUAUUGUUUCUGGUAUAUGUAAGAAGCAUACAGUAACAUGAUCCCGAC